AUGCGCACAAGGUUCAUCCGACAAACAGGUUAUUGGCGUGGCGAUGACGUGGGAGGUGCCGAUUGGGCGGACAAUGCUAAUGGAAAACCGGCGGCACAGAACGCUCCACGUCGAUCUCAAUUUGGAACUGCUGGUCUUCACGAUUUAUUCCCCUCGUUGACAAUCCUUAGCCCCAAAUUGCGCGUAGGUCUCAGGCUUUGCCCCUCGAUUUCUUUUUCCUCCCGCGCGCUCUCGCUCUCUCUCCCCCUCCCUCUCUUACUAGAUCCCUCCGCAAGGGCUGCCCGCAGAUCCAUCAGAUCUGGUAAGCUUUUCAGGGGGUGGAAGCCUGACUGUAUGUUAGUUGAUGAGGCCAAUGCCAAGUCUGCUUGCAUGAUACCUGAACUGCCGAAUACCAUCAUGGGGGGUAUAGUGAUUGUCCACUUGAAGUUCAAACUUGAACUUGCAUCUCAAUCAUCAAAUGUCAAAUAUUUUGAAGAGGAGGGUCUAGAAGCUAAUUGCAUCCUCAUUAUGGAUGAGUUGCGUGAUGCUGUUUUGCUUGUAUUUGCUAACAAACAAGAUCUUCCUAAUGCAAUGAAUGCUGCUGAAAUAACCGACAAGCUUGGCCUCCACUCUCUCCGACAGCGUCACUGGCAUGAGGUGAUGCAGAAUGAUCUUCGUGGAGUGAUCCUGGAUGCAGCGGCUUUUGUUGCUGCGGAGGAAGGAGGAGGAGACCAGGGCGAACUCGGGAGGAGCCGCUUUAGCUGGAGGCUGGGGGUGGAGGUGGAUGGCAUCAAAAAAGAUAAUGAGAGAGAAAGGGUGAAGAGGAUUGGAGGCAAGGAAGUAGGUGAUGAGGGUGUAGUUGAGGUGGAUGACACUGGGAUUCGAGGGUAG